UAAAAAAAGAGAGAAAAAAGAUUCACAUUGGCGUAUCCGUCAAAUAAAAACCACCUUAUAUGCAAUCGCAACUCCCAUUCCAGUUCUUCUCUCUCUCUCUCUCUCUCUCUCUCUCUCACCAUACCUGCUUUUAUAAAAUCUCGUCGGCUUGCUUUUUCUUUUUCUCUCUCUAGAAAUACAAAUCUCUCUCUCUCUCUCUCUCUCUCUCUCUCUCUCUCUGUGGGGAAAAAAAAAAAAAGCAAAGCGAAAUAAAAGGUCAAGAAGAGAGAAAAGUUGUUGCUGAUCAAAGCGCACAAAUUGUUAGCCAUGGCGUCGAGCUCAUCAGAGGAACAGAAGCAGGAAGAGUCGCAGUCAGAGUCGCAGCCGCAAUCGCAGCCUCAGUCUCAGGCAGUGAAGGAGUGCCUCCACAAAACCAAAGUCAUUGAAUUCUUGGGACGGACUACGCCUAUCGUCCUCCAGAACGACAAUGGACCCUGUCCUCUCCUCGCUAUCUGUAAUGUUCUUUUGUUAAGGAACAACUUGAAUCUGAGUCCAGAUAUAUCAGAAGUCUCACAGGAGAAAUUACUUUCACUUGUUGCUGAUCGGCUAAUUGAUUCUAACAGUAAUAUCAAUAAUAAAGAUGAGGGGUACGUUGAAAACCAACAGCAGAACAUUGCUGAUGCCAUUGAUCUGCUUCCACGACUUGCAACUGGGAUUGAUGUAAAUAUAAAGUUCAGGAGAAUAGAUGAUUUUGAGUUUACUCGAGAGUGUGCCAUAUUUGAUUUAUUGGACAUUCCACUAUACCAUGGUUGGAUAGUUGAUCCCCAGGAUUUUGAUACUGCUAAUGCAAUUGGGUCAAAAUCCUAUAAUGCUCUUAUGGGGGAUCUUGUUGCAUUGGAAACACGAAAUAUGGAUAGAGAACAUAAAAAUAAUAAUGAAGAAGAUUGUGUUGAUUUUGCUGCUGCAACAACUGCAGCACUGGGAGUCCCUUCUCCAUGUCUUUCAAAAGCUAGAUCUUUUGAUGAUUCUCCAGAUUCAACCUCUGAUGACCAAAAGUUAAGAAAAGGAGACAUUGAAGAAGAAGCAGAGUUGUUGAGAGCCUUGAAAUUGUCUCAGGCUGAAAUACCAUCUUCAGUGGGUGAUCCUCUUGCAUCAAAUAUAAAUGAAGGGCCUGUUUCUGUCAAUUUAGAUGAAAGUACACAUCCCAAAGAGGUUCAUCCUCCAGGUUCUCUAAAAACAUCAGAUAAGCAUGCUGUAGAAGAUAAUAAUUUUUAUCAGACAGAUCUAUGCAUAUCAGAUGACAGCAGUGCCUCCAUGAAUGAAGGUAAUGAUCCAUUGUGUUUCAAAAGUACUCCAGAGCAAGCAGUGCAAUUAUCAUCAAACAUCAAUAAAGGAAAUAAUCUUUAUCAAUCAACUUUUGUUGAACCAGAAGUACGCACUCUCUGCACUGAUGUGGUUGAGAAGAGCAGCAUUGAUACAACAGUUCAGAUUGAAAAUGCGGUUUCAUUGUCUACAGAAAGAGACACUUUAUCUGUGGGUGAGAACCAUAUAGAUGUUUCAAUAAGGGGUGGAAAAAUUGAUAACCGGUCCAAUGCAACAUCCGAUGUUCAUGAAAUUGCAGAUGAGAACAAAGGUUAUGACACGAAGGAAGUAUCACUUGUGUCUGCAAAAAAUGAUGAUUUGGAUUCCUCUAGCAGCCAAAUGCAGCCCAUCGAUGCAUGUGAAACUUUGACUUCAAGUGUUGAUGACAGUGAGCCCAUUUAUGAAGGAGAGGAGUGUAUUAUUGAUUCAGGGACUACCGUUUUUGAAGACAGAGAGCCUGUUUAUGAGGGUGAGAUGGUUCUUGCUAAGCAAACUGACAAAAGCACCUUAGAUGCUAGGUCCAAGGAUGUGAUUACUCAAAGAGAAGGAGAACUGAUCAGGAACUUUUUGAAGAACAGUGCUAGCCAGUUGACUUUUUAUGGCUUAUUCUGCUUACAAGAUGGUCUUAAAGAACGUGAACUUUGUGUUUUUUUCCGUAAUAAUCACUUCAGCACAAUGUUUAAGUUCAAUGGUGAACUUUAUCUUUUGGCCACAGACCAAGGUUACAUAACUCAACCUGAUUUGGUAUGGGAAAAGCUAAAUGAGGUCAAUGGGGAUACAUUGUUUAUGACAGGAAAUUUCAAGGAGUUUAAGGUGGAAAAUCAUUCAAAUGAAACUUGGAAUGAAAAUAAUGCUCUUGCUAGCACUGCAGACUAUCUUGCCAGCAUUGACAGUGCAGCACAAGCAGGCUUGGAUAUGAAUUCUGAUCUGCAAUUGGCAAUAGCUCUGCAGCAACAGGAGUUUGAUCAACAACCACAGCGUCAAAAUGCGCAGCAACCAUCCAUUAAUAAUUCAAGGCUGGUGACUGGUCCUCAGGGGCCAAGAAGAAAUUCAAAUACGACAUCAUCUUCCAGGCCUGAAGCUAAAUCGAAAGAAAAGUGCAUAGUGAUGUGAAUUCCGGUAAGGAAAGCAGUUUCGGAGUUCGUUUUGUAAAUGGUGUUUGUGUCAUGCCCCAUUGUAAUAGAUUCUACUUGGCAUAUAAAUGAUUUUUGAUAGAGUUUUUGUCUGUAAAUAAAGACGCGUAUAUUUUGUUUUC